CUUCCCCAACCUCCACUCCCUCCCUCCUACUUUCUUUCUCCUCCUCUCUAGAAUGUGAGAAAAAAAAAAGAAAAAAACAAAAAAAAUUCAAGAAAGUAAAACAACCACAUCGAAACACCACGGCGGCGUUGGGAUAUAUAUAUGGAGACCGCGACGGAGGAGGCUGCGGCGGUGGCGGUGACGCCGUGUUUGAACACCGACGUCAUCGCGAAAGGCAAGCGAACCAAGCGACAACGACCUAACUCUCCCUUUUCCUUCACCAUCACGCCACCUCCACGCGCCGCCUCGGAGGAGAGCACCACCACGGAGGAAGCCGACACCGCCAGGUGCCUCAUCCUCCUCUCCCAGGGCCACUUCAUCCCCAUCACCAAAACCCGCCGCGACGCCGCCAUGUACACAUGCAAGACGUGCAACCGCUCCUUCCAAUCCUUCCAGGCACUCGGCGGCCACCGCGCCAGCCACAAGAAGCCGAAGAACGAGAAGCGAUACGCCAUUUUCUCUCCCACCUCUCUCUCUCUUCAGCUCAGCAGCGUCUCCACCACCGCCACCGCCGCGAUGAAGUCGCCGAGAGUCCACGAGUGCUCGUAUUGCGGGGCGGAGUUCGCCUCCGGGCAGGCCCUCGGCGGCCACAUGAGGAAGCACCGCGGCGGCGCCGCCCCACCGAUCCCGACGAACAUUCGAGAAGCAAUAGUUUUUGAUGAGGCGGAAGAGAGGAUGAAGGGCGGAAACUGGCUGUCGUUGGAUCUCAAUCUUCCGGCGCCGGAUGAUGAGAGAGAGAGAAGCCCUAACCGGAUUGCUCAGCCAUUACCACUUAACCGCUGAUUUGAUGCUAAAACGCAACUCAGUUGGUAAGACGUUUCUCCUCCAACUUUAAAUCACAGGUUCGAGUCGUAACAGUGGAGAUAGGAAACGUUAUUGAUA